UUCAAAUUAAUUCGGUAGUUAGGAUGAUGUUUUAGAGGCGGCGCCACAGAGCAAAGAUGGCGGGCAGUCACCGCUUGUUUACACUCGAGACUUGGAAAAAUUGGGCAAAAUCGGGCAAAGCAGAAGUCAUCCAAACAAUCAAACAGUUAUUAAAAGAAGACUCAGAUAACCCUGGCUUAUCCCAGCCAAGUGUUUGCAAAGACCUGUCCAGAGGACUGUAUGAGAUUUUGUCAGCUGUAUUAAGAGGCAGCUUGACACGUGAACAUGUGCGACCACUUCUCGCAGAAAUGCUUAACUGGCACCCAGAUCUGGCUUCACAGCUGGUGGAGGUGGCUACCCUUCUUGACCUGGAAGCUUCCACCAUUGACCGCCUCAGCAGAAAUCGGGAACAGCUAAUGAUGCUGCUCAAGUCCUUAGACAUCGAUAAAAUGAUGAAGGAGAGGUUGGAGAUUGAAACUCUCGGAGAUUAUGGCAUAGUGAAAAACAAGAAAAAUUUCCACACAAAGCAGAUAAAAGUGAAGACUAAGUUAUUCUACAAACAGCAGAAAUUCAACCUAUUACGAGAAGAAACAGAAGGUUAUGCUAAGCUUGUGACAGAGCUCAAUCAAGAAAUAACAGAGAGGGUUACACCUCAGUCAAUCAUCCAAGUUAUUCGUAGUCUUAUCGGUGGUUUCAACUUGGACCCCAAUCGUGUCUUAGACCUCAUCUUGGAGUCCUUGGAGGCACGGCCAUCCCAGCACCAGUUCUACACAGGACUCCUCAAUCAGUACCCCUGUGAGUCAGCUACCAUCAGUGAACUCUUGGGCUUCAAGCUCAACAAUUACGCCUCCAAUGGAAAGGACACCAAGGGGAUCUACACCACGAUAGCACUCCUCAUUCAGGCCAACAUCCUGCAGCUUUCCGAUAUCUACUCAUGGCUGACACCCGAGGACUCCUCCAUGAUUGAGUGCCAUCUGAAGGAGGAGAACGAGGCGAAGGAGAUUGUCAGAAAGCUUAAUGUCAUAUCUACCAAAGACAAGGAUAAAGACAAGGAAAAGGAACAAGAGCGGCAAGAGGAGGAGAGUCUCAAAGAGGAUUUCAAAAAUCAGGAGGUGUAUCUGUCCAAUCAAAAGAUCCAGUUGUGCAUUGCCCUCAUUGAGGUUGGAGCUUGGCAUUUUCCUGUGAGUCAAGCACUUUGUCAACUAGUUCAUGCCACAAUUGAACCCAUCUACAGAGAGGUGUGCAAUUUACCAAGCCGACUCAAGGCCUCUCGAGUGAAGCCACUAGACAACCCUCUGGCACCACAACCAGCCAGGAAAUUCAGCGAUGUCAGUGCAACAGUAUUCCCAAUGCUGCUUGUGCUUGGACCACACCUGUACCAUGACCCAGGGCUCAUGUGCAAGUCCUCAGGGUGGCUCGUGUUGCUCUCAAGGAUUUUUAAGUGUUUUGAUGAAGUUCUCCUUCCGUCUCUCUCCAUGCUUGACUCAAACCCAUGUCUGGCGGAGGAGAUUUGGGAAACACUCAAGAUAUAUCCCUAUCAGCACAGAUAUAGGUUGUAUGGCCGAUGGAAGAAUGAGUCCUUCACACAGCAUCCCAUGUUGAUGAGGCGCAGGGCUUGGCUGCUCAAGAAAGCUAAGUUCAUUAUGAUGCGCAUCACAAAAGAAACUAUCAAGCCUGUAAGCCGAGGCAUUGGGAAAUUGACGCAUAACAACCCUGGCCCCAUAUUCCAUUAUAUCCUGAUCCAAGUUCAGCUGUAUGACAACCUAAUUGGCCCUGUGGUAGACAGCUUUAAGUACCUGACAUCUCUCUCCUAUGACAUGCUGGGAUACUGCAUUGUGGAAAUCCUCUCAGAGAACAAGGAUAGAACUGCACAUGAAGAGAUGAUCAUCUCACCAUGGCUCCAGUCCCUGUCCAGUUUUUGUGGCACUGUGUUUAAGAAAUAUGUCACAGAUCUCGGAGGCAUCUUACAGUUUGUGGCCAACCAACUCAAGUCUGAAAAAUCCAUUGAUCUCCUCAUCUUACGAGAAAUAGUGCAGAAAAUGGGUGGAACAGAUACUUUAGAAGACCUCACAGCUGAACAGUUGAGUGCUAUGUGUGGUGGAGAACUCCUGCGUAGGGAAGCAGGACAAUAUCAACAGGAAAGGAACACCAAGAGGUCUUCUCUCCGUUUGAAGGAGGCUCUCCUAGAGAAUGACCUUGCCAUACCUUUGUUGCUACUUAUGGCACAGCAGAGGUCAUCUAUUGUAUACAAUCAGACAGAAUCACCCCAUUUAAAACUUGUAGGGAAGCUGUAUGAUCAAUGCCAGGAUACAAUGGUGCAGUUUGGUUCGUAUCUGUUCCAAGUUGUCACUAUAGAGGAGCUUAGCGAUCGGCUGCCAAGUAUUGGAUCCUUGUUGUCCGAUUACCACAUCAAUGCUGAUGUAGCAUUCUUCCUCGCACGUCCUCUUUUUAUAAAUAUGCUAAAUUCCAGAUAUGAUGAAUUAAGAAGGCAAGAUCGUGGUGAGAAGAAACUGACCAUUGAACAAAAGAAAGAUCGGUAUAUUCAGGCUUGCAAUGAAGUUUUUGACCCCAUUGUUUCCAGCAUCCAGCCACACUUCAGUAUUAAGGUCUGGGAGGACAUGGAUCCUUCCUUCUUCCUCACUUUUUGGACACUCACCAUGUCCGACCUGGAGGUCCCACACCACAUGUACGAGAAAGAGAUCAAGAAGAUUGAUGCAAAUGUUAGUCCAUCGGCAAACAAGCGCAAGAAGGAGACUGACCGUCUCUUGGCACUGAAGGAGAAGCUCCAGGAAGAGGAAAAACGUCAGAAGGAGCAUGUCGACAGAGUGUAUGCCAGAUUGCAGCAGGAAAAGGAUGGAUGGUUUAUGCUUCGAGGAGCAAGAUCCCCAAAGAAUGACACUGUGACAGCUUUUCUCCAACUCUGCCUAUUUCCACGAUGCACAUUCACAGCACUGGAUGCUAUUUAUUGUGCCAAGUUUGUGAAGAUGCUGCACAACCUCAAGACUCCAAAUUUCUCCACCUUGAUAUGUUAUGACCGUAUGUAUUGUGAUAUCACCUACACCGUUGCAUCUUGCACUGAGCAAGAGGCUCACCGAUAUGGCCGCUUCCUCCUGGGGACCCUAGAUACUGUCAUGCACUGGCACGCAUCGCAGCAAAACUAUGAGAAGGAGUGCGCAAACUACCCUGGCUUUGUCACCAAGUACCGGGUUUCACGCCAGGAAGCCAAUGAUUACGUGGAUUAUGAGAACUACCGUCAUGUUGUCCACAAGUGGCACUACAAGAUCACUAAAGCCUUGGUAACCUGCCUAGAGAGUGGGGACUACAUCCAGAUCCGCAACGCCAUCCUUAUUCUGCAGGGCAUCUUGCAACGCUUCCCUGUCAUUUCAAACCUUGCUGCAGUCAUUGAAAAAAGGAUUGAGAAGGUGAAAAAUGAGGAGAGAAAUCGGAGGAAUGACCUAUACGUCCUGGCAAACAGCUACUCAGGGAGACUAAAAGGUGCAAAGCCCAACCUCAUGCCUGAGACAGACUUCCACAUUGUCCCAAAGAGGCCACAAGCGGCAAAGGUUGUGAAUGGGGCCUCAGAGAAGUCUAGCUCAACAGCAGCAAAUGAUGUCAAGAGCAGUGGGGAGAUGGUAGAGCAGAAUGAAAAGAUUGUCAAGAUGGAGACUUCAGAGACUACCAAUGGAGAGCUGGAGGGCAAGGAAGACAGGGAGGCGAAGGAGAUCAAGAAAGAGUCAGCAAGUAAAGUGGCAAAGGAGAAAAAAGAAGCAAGUGAAAAGAGAAAGAGUGAAGACAGAGAGAUAAAGAAGGAGGAAAAGGAAAAGAAGGACAAGGAAAAGAAAGAGGAACGAGAAGAAAAGCCCAAAAAGAGGAACAAAGAAUCAAAGAAAUCCAAGUAUGACGAUGAGGACUAUGCAGACCCAGAGCGAGAUGACCGCGCAUUAGUGGGAGGUGGAGCCGAGAGGGAGAGGGAGAGCAGUGUCACGUCCAACGCUUCUUCAGCCUCUAACAAGAUGGAACCUCCUGAGUCUUCAAGAGGGUCAAAGCGUCGCAAGACUGAACAUAACUCCAAGGUCAGUAUGAGGGUUGAACGUGACCCAUUAUAUUUACAGUGUUAGAGUUUAAGGGGAAAAAGGAUAGAUCUAUUACACCGAGGACCGAUCCUGCCGAGGACCGUGUGAUGCUCCUCCUCCCUAGGGCUGACGCCACUGCUGUCACCAACACUGCCGCUCCUGCUCUCACUACUGUCGUUGCUACUGCUGCCGCUGAUGCCACACUUCUGUUGCCGUAUGUCCCUCUCCCCUACUGGCGAGAGUCUUCUCAUAGUUCCCCUGCCUCCCCGGGCCCAGAUUUGGUGUCGAUUGAUGUGUAAAAAAAAUAUAUAAAAUACCACUGCCAAUUCCGAGAAAAGGAUUUUUUCCUCGUCGGUUUUCUGUGUCUCCCGUCAUCUCGUAUUAGGAUUAUUUGCAUGGACGCAAAAACCCAGUGCACUUAUGGCUGUGAGAUUGAUUGUGAGCAAACUUUAUAUGACAAUUGCUCAUGAGAAAAAAUGCUCAAACUGAAAGUUACCUGAAAAAUCAGAAAAGGAAAAUAACUAAAAUAAAGCAGUGCCUUAAUGACUACAUAAAAUAUCCUUGUUGUUCUUAUUACUUGUUAAUUUCUUUUGUUCGUAUCUGUGUUUAAAUCAGUUAAUUACUCGCACUAGAUGCAAUCAAUCACACCACAGAGAUAAAUUCAUAAGAAAGCAUACAUAAAGAAAUGGAAAGAGGACCUCUUAAGAAGUAGUACAACAUCCCUGAAAGAAGCACAACCCAAAUGCAACCGUUAGCAUUCUCCAAAAAACCUUGUCGCUCAACAACACAGAAGGACCACAGAGAAGCUCUCCUCGAUGCCCAGCUCCAGGCCCUCCAAUGGCACUCCUCAGUCAAAGAUAGAAUGGCUGUCAGCAUGGUACCUGUCACGUCACACUUCCAUAUUGGAAACCCUAUGUGUCCUGAGCACUCACCUAAAACUCUCCAAAGCACUUUUGUAUUUCCUCUUCAUUUUCUUUCACUCUCUUAUCUUUUUCAUUUUCUUAUAUUUUAUUUAUCUAUUUAUUUAUUUAUUUUACAAAGGAGGGUUAAAACACUGUUUAUUCCUUUCAUUUCUUAGAUGUUGUUAUAGUGUGCCUUAAGGUUUUCUUCUUUUCUUCAACUUCUACCUCUUCUAAUGAAUAUGAUAUAGUGUAGAUUGUAUUUUGUGAAUAGGAAAGCCAUAUUCAAUUGUUCGUCAGAUGUUUCAAUUCAUGGAUUUUUCCUCUUAAUUUUCCUAGAGUAAUUUCAUUACCUGUUUAAAGUAGGAUAUGAUGCAAAAAUGAUUUGGUGCUUUAGUCUCAACAUUAAUUGAUAUGUAAUAUAUCAUUGAUUUAUAGAUUGAUAUAUUUGAUAUAGUGAUUGUAGCUCUUUUGUUUUAUUGUUCAAACAGUUAUGAGAGAGAAAAAGGAUAUCUGGAUUAAGAGAAAUUAUGAAAAUUUCAUUAUGAUACUGAAUGGAUGGCAUUCUAUAGAAGGUGAUAUUAAUCACUUAUUUGUUUUCUCUCUUGAAAAAUGGGUAUACUUGGUGUGCUCUUCAAGUGCUGUCUUCAUAGUACAACUACUAGUCAUAAUCCACAUAGUUUUAGAGUUCCCUGUAACUACAGUACAAAUUUAAGUGUCGUAGCUACUAAAUCCAUGUACAUGAAUAGUAAUAGACCUAUCUUUGUAUUUUCUUGUUCAUUUCUUUGUAUGGCAGCUACUUUUUACCCAUACUGAACAGUUAAUAACAGAUACCUCAGUUGUCAAAGAAAACAUCUCAUGGUACAUUAUAGAUGCAUUAUCUAAAUUGUUGUGUCAUAGGUUAAUUUAUAGGUGCUGUAUUUUGUGAAACCUUUUCUUGGGACAUACUACAAGACUUCAAGAAAGAAUUUGACUGUGAAUGCUGCUGAAUCAUUUUGAAGAAAUCUUCUGUACGUCAUACCAGUGGAAGAAGAAGGUCGCAAAUUGAUUAGAUGUCACUGAAAAUGCAGUUGCUGUAUUCGCCUGACAAUGGACUCUCAAGAGUAAUCCAGAAGAACAUAACAAGAGUGCAUGCUGAAUUGCAAUAAUGUGACUUAAAAGUUAGUCUGCAAUGAUUAUUCAGUUGGUGCAAUGCCCUUCUUGACAUCAAGUGCUAUCUAGUGAGGAUUCGGACAUCCAACUAUCACACAUUUAAACCAUACCUCGAGCCUCUAUGUAGCCCAUGGAUGCCGUUAGUAUGUCAGAUAAUUAUAAUGAUCAGAGACUAUACAGUUCUUCUAUCAGCUAAUGCACAAGCUCACCCAUCAUCUGUGGUGCAGGAUUCUUUAAUACAGAACUGCCUUGCUAACAGCACCUGUGCCUCUGACCAACAGUGACAUUACUGUACAGAAUAGAAAAAGAAAAAACAACAUUGUACCUGGUACUUUUGCAAAACUUAGUAUAUGUGUGGAAAAAUCUAGAAAAUAGAAAUGCUAUUUUGACUCUGAUUGUGACAGGUUGAAAGUGCCUCUUCAGUGAUUUUUUAAAUUAUAAAACUGAUAGGUAAAUGUAGAAAGGAUUUUAACACAUCUGUGUUGUCUAUGUUCAAGUGUAAGACUGAUUUUUUGGGAAGAGUGUCUAGGAGAAAUGCAUUUGAGUUAACAGUAAUCAGAUAAAGACUGAUCUCAUGUUCUGAUGAUUUUAAAGAAGUGGAACUGCACUUGGUGAAAUG